CAUUACACUCCCAUAAUACCUUGCGUGAGUCCGUUCACUCGUUUUUGUAGAAUCUCUCCUGUGAAGGCUCUUCAAUGUUAUACACGUGGGGAGUUUGAACACAUCGCUACCUCGCUAAAGGUUAAGAUCCAACUCCGAGGAUGACGAGUGAGGACGUGGAGCGGCUGUUGAUCCAGUUUCAGGAUGAAGAAGGGGAGGUUCUGGGUUCACCUUUUGAUGUGCCUUUAGACAUCACCCCAGACAAACUACAGCUCGUCUGCAAUGCACUGCUACAGAAGGAGGAGCCAUUGCCACUGGCAUUUUUUGUGCGCGGAGAGGCUGAGGUGGUGUCCAGUCUGAGAUUGUGUGUGCAGGCUCUUGGGGUUGAGACAGAGCAAGUUCUGCCAGUGGUGUACCAGCCUCAGGCUGUGUUCAGGGUUCGAGCUGUGGCCCGUUGUACCAGCACACUACAGGGACACACAGAAGCCGUCAUCUCGACUGCUUUCAGCCCCACCGGCAAAUACCUUGCGAGCGGUUCAGGUGAUACCACAGUGCGUUUUUGGGACUUGAUGACAGAGACGCCCCACCACACUGCCAAAGGACACACACAUUGGGUACUGAACAUCGCCUGGUCACCCGAUGGCAAGAAGCUGGCUUCAGGGUGCAAGAACAGUCAGAUCUGUCUUUGGGAUCCGGUGACGGGUACACAGUUGGGAAAGACUUUGACUGGACACACCAAGUGGAUCACUUGGCUCAGCUGGGAACCUCUCCAUCUUAACCCAGAGUGUCGGUACUUAGCCAGUAGCUCCAAGGACGGCUCGAUACGUAUCUGGGACACUGUGUUGGGGCGCUGUGAGAAGAUCCUGACUGGACACACUCAGUCAGUCACCUGUGUGAAGUGGGGCGGAGAUGGACUUCUUUACACAUCCUCCCAGGACAGAACAAUAAAAGUCUGGAGAGCCAAAGAUGGUGUCCAGUGCAGGACUCUGCAGGGUCACGCCCACUGGGUGAACACCCUGGCUCUCAGCACAGACUACGUCCUGCGCACUGGAGCUUUUGAACCUGCAACUGCCACUGUCAACCCCCAGGACCUCACUGGAUCAUUGGAAGAGCUGAAGGCGAAAGCUUUGCAGAGAUAUGAUAAAGUUAGAGGUUCAGCUCCAGAGCGCUUGGUGUCUGGAUCCGAUGAUUUCACCUUGUUCAUGUGGAACCCUGCAGAAGACAAGAAGCCUCUGGCCAGGAUGACUGGCCACAGCGCUCUGGUCAAUGAAGUGCUCUUCUCCCCAGACGCCAGGCUCCUUGCCUCUGCUUCAUUCGACAAGUCCAUUAAAAUUUGGGACGGACGCACAGGAAAGUACUUAACUUCCCUGCGUGGCCAUGUGGCAUCUGUGUAUCAAGUGGCGUGGUCAGCGGACAGCAGGCUGCUGGUCAGUGGCAGCAGUGACAGCACACUUAAAGUUUGGGACAUCAAGACUGGGAAGCUGAACAUGGACCUGCCUGGCCAUGCUGAUGAGGUUUAUGCAGUGGACUGGAGUCCUGAUGGACAAAGAGUGGCCAGUGGCGGGAAAGACAAAUGUCUCAGAAUAUGGAGACGAUAGCCACACCUCUGUUCACUUUCAUAACUUUGGCAGAGGAUUUCACAUCUUCUACUAUCAAGACGUCUGACAGCUGGAGUAAAGGUGGCUACACUGUACCUAAUCCACCCAUUUGGCUUCAUUACUCCGUCUGUCAACAAUGGCACUGUGUCAAGGAGCUCUAACCCAGUCAUGAUGCAAAUGCUCUCUCCAGGUUUCGAAAACCAUGUGGGAAUAUUAACGCUGUAAAGGUGUUUAGCGGAGUGCAAAUGUAAAAUGGAGAAGCUACGCUGUAAAAUGUGUGUCAGUGUUAGCAUCUCAAAUUGAAAGGGUUUCCAUUCAUGUACAUGUUGUUUUGUACACAUCAGGAGUGCUGACAUGUUGUAAAGAACUUAACUCUUAAGUUUAAAGCCUUAUUAAAGGGCCACGCCCAUCUGCAGAAACCCACAAACAUUAUGUAUUUAAAAAAUAAAUACAUAACUUCAAUACAGAAUAUAAUGUAAUGAAAUGAGAUGCAUACAUAGAGAUACAAAAGGGAUUUGACUUUACUAGGUGAACUAUAUAUUGCAGGUGACAGGUGGACCACUGAGGCAACAGGUGGGAGUGUUUUAAUACCAUCCUCUGUGAUGUUAAUGCCGACCGCUCGCCCUGCACCUUCAGCCUUUAAUCUCCUCUGUCCUGCGCUCAGCAAAGCCUCAGUCUGCUGAUUUUUCUGACGCUGCGGUGAGGCCAAAUGCCACCAGCUCUUUACUCUCUGAUCCUCCAUCCCACUGAGGAAAAACCAGACUCACCAUUACAGUUAGAAUAACCUGUUUUACUUUCUGUAUUUAACCGGCUUUGUGAAUAUUUGAUAUGAAUAAAUAUUUACAUCACAACUUUAA